GAUCAUUUAUCGUAACCCACUAACAUAACACCCAUAAACAAUUCUCCAAGAGUCGUUGACAAAACAAAAAAAAAAACUUCUAAAAAAGUCAGAAUUUGCUCUAGACCCUCCAUUUUUCCCGUUUAAAUCUCCAUCAUAAUCUCUGCCUUUCCCUGCCAGCCAAAAUCUACAAACACAUAUUAUCCUUCAACUUUCUUAUUCAUAGCUAUCACAACCUUAAAAAAAAAAUCCCCCUAGACAAAAAAAAAGAAGUAAAAAGAUAUUAAUUCUAUCCAUUAUUCUAUAAUCUUUAUUUUAAAAUCAAGCAUUUGACUUUUUUGAUAAAGAGAUGAGGAACGAAACGGGUGGUACCAUGGUCGUUGAUCUCCAAAAUGAUCCAUAUAACAACAAUCUCAAUAGCCACGACCUUCGCGAUGGUCCCAAACCGAGGCCUAAAUUUGGUGAUCUCUUGAAAGCUGACCACGACGGAAUAUUCCCUCCCGACGAUCUCGUCAGUGGCAACAGCAACGCAAGUCACCAGAGAUUUAGCAGCGUCUCGGCCUCGACAAUGAGCAGCGGUCCGACAAGCGGUGAAGGUUCUCCUUGUGUAAUGUCACCAUGGGCCCGCGUGUCGCCCCCUUGGGGUGCGGAUUUCAAUGAAGACAAUGUCCUCGAAACCAACGGUCUCAUUGGAUCCAUUGUAAGAAAAGAAGGGCAUAUAUACUCGCUAGCCGCUUCUGGUGACCUUCUCUACACGGGGUCGGACUCGAAGAACAUUAGGGUUUGGAAGAAUUUGAAGGAACACGCCGGGUUCAAAUCCAGUAGUGGCCUCAUUAAGGCCAUUGUGAUAUUUGGAGAUAGGAUCUUUACCGGCCAUCAAGAUGGGAAGAUCCGGAUUUGGAAGGUUUCAAAGAGGAAACCGGGAAAACACAAGCGGGUUGGCACAUUGCCGACAUUUAAAUCAAUGGUCAAGAGCUCCGUAAACCCUAAGCAUUACAUGGAGGUACGCCGCAACAGAAACUCCGUGAAGACGAAGCAUAACGACGCCGUGUCUAGUCUUAGCCUGGACGUGGAUCUUGGAUUGUUGUAUUCGAGUUCUUGGGACACGACGAUCAAAGUGUGGAGGAUCGCGGAUUCGAAAUGUUUGGAAUCAAUACAUGCACACGAUGAUGCGAUAAACUCUGUAAUGUCCGGUUUCGAUGAAUUGGUGUUCACGGGAUCCGCAGAUGGCACUGUUAAAGUGUGGAAACGUGAGAUGCAAGGCAAAGGAACAAAACAUGUGCUAGCUCAAGUUUUGCUCAAGCAAGAAAACGCAGUCACGGCGUUGGCUGUAAAAUCAAAAUCUUCCAUCGUAUAUUGCGGUUCCUCGGACGGGCUAGUGAACUACUGGGAACGUUCAAAGCGGGUAUUCACCGGUGGAAUACUCAAAGGCCACAAAUCCGCAGUGCUAUGUCUCGCUAUAGCGGGGAACUUGCUGUUGAGUGGUUCCGCCGACAAGAACAUAUGCGUGUGGAGACGAGACCCGUCGGACAAGUCCCAUCAGUGUCUCUCUGUUUUGACGGGACACAUGGGACCGGUAAAGUGUCUAGCCGUGGAGGAGGAACGAGCUUGCCGCAAGGGGGCAAAAGCCUCUGCAACGGGCGAGGGAGACCGGAAGUUUAUUAUAUACAGCGGAAGUUUGGACAAGUCGGUGAAAGUAUGGCGAGUAUCGGAGAGGAUGGCCACGUGGAGGGAGAUGGACGAGCCAGCAGCAUCUUCCGGACGGAAGAGCUCUUCCUCUCCGCAUGAAGAGAGUGGCGCGUGGAGUUCACGAGACAUGGAAAAACAAAAAUAAAAACGAGUGGAAGGAGCAUAGUGUGAUUAUAUUUCGAAGCUAUCCCGUCGUUACUCAGUCAUGAGGACCCGUCCUCACGCCGGGAAAGAGUCAAAAGAAUUGAUUUCUAUUUUACGACCAAGUCAACGGAGAUGUUUGUGCCUCGUUUAGAUGGUGAGAGAAUCAAAAAAGUCGGGUUGAUGGUUUUCACGUACUGAGUUUUUGCUUUUUUUUUUUCUUUGAAAGAGAAAAUGUUUAAAACGAGAGUGUACAAUAAUUAUUUGUUUUCUCUAAUUUUUUGUAAAAAUAAAAAUAAAAG